UAGGAGAAGUUAAAGGCCAAAAAUAUCGCCUUUACUUUGUCACGGCGACACUUCAGUCAGUUCAUCAGUUUUUUUAUCGUGUAUAUUUAGUGGUCAGUAGAUUUCUCAAGAGCCCGUGGAGUCGCGACUCCCGAGCUGAAAGCCAUAAACAUAUGAUCGGUUAAAUACUUGACAUUUCAGGACAAGCGUCGACAGGUAACAGCGAAUGAGCAACAUGAUUUAUGCAUCCACAGCAAGAACCGUGCAUGUCAGUGCCUUGUCAUCCCUGUGUUGGUAUGCAUGCAGAUAAGCUGUGAAUGUAACAUGAGGACCAGUGGAGAAUUACAUCUCAUCUAGGGGGUUGAUACAGGAUGGCAGAGAAAAUGAACAAAGUUAACGGAUACGUGAUCAUUUAUUUAUUGUACGCGAUCGGGUUGUGUGCCCCAGACACUUUAAACCUCUCAGCGGUGGAUGAAGACGGCACCUUGAAUGAGACCAUUUCAGAUGGUGGUGGUUUGGUUCCCAUGGUUCACACAAAAGUUAGCCAGAUCAUUGUCCGGGAGGGAAACUGUGCUUUAAUUGACUGUAAUAUCACUGGUGAGCCUUUUCCAAAGGUCCAGUGGUUUAACUCGCAUGGAAAACUGCUUGACACCGAGAACAGUGAUGGUAAAUGGUGGCUUCUGGACAAUGGCAUCCUUAACAUCACUGGCAUCACUUUUGCAGACCGUGGUAAAUAUACUUGUAUUGCUUACAAUAAUUACGGCAAAGCGAAUUGCACCGUGACACUCCGCGUAGUCUUCACUAAUGGGGAUAUGGGUGUCUACUACAUGGUGGUGUGUCUGGUGACAUUUACUAUCAUAAUGAUUUUAAACAUCACACGCCUCUGCAUGAUGAGCAGUCAUCUUAAGAAAACCGAGAAGGCCAUCAAUGAGUUUUUCCGUACGGAAGGUGCGGAAAAGCUUCAGAAGGCGUUCGAAAUUGCAAAGCGUAUUCCUAUCAUUACCUCGACAAAAACACUGGAACUGGCCAAGGUCACACAAUUCAAGACGAUGGAGUUUGCACGUUAUAUAGAGGAGUUAGCACGCAGCAUUCCACUUCCACCGCUGAUCAUGAACUGCCGCACAUUCAUGGAGGAGAUUCUUGAGGUGGUCGGGGUUGAAGAAAUGAGACACACCUUUGUCCGACAAGCGCCCGAGAGUCAAGGUGCUUGUGGAACCGGGCCGGCACCUGAAAACUCGGCUGACGUUUUCACCAUUUUGGAAGAAAGGGAGAGAGCAAGGGACAGGAGCGAAUCGCCCGCUAUGGACUCGGACGACGCGUCGCUUAACGAGCAGCCUCAGCACAUAGCCAUUCAGGUCUCCAUUCAUCCACAGUUAACUACAACAGGAUGCAGUGUGGAAGCUCCGCCUCCUGAAACGGCCACCUCUCCCUUAUUGGCUCAGGUGCCUUUGGAAGCAGAGUUGAAUGAGAAAGAAAAGGAAGAGUCAGUUGAAGGGGGUGGUGCUACACAGACAACCCAAGUCAUCUAUGAAAGCCAUGUGUAAUAUUUAAAACAAAUCGAUAAUGACCUCGCUAUGCAUUUAUUGGGGGGAAAAAGGUCAAGGUUUUUUGCUCUAAAUGGAAAAGUUUCUUCUGUUAGACAGCUUAGGAAAAACAAGAAACCAUAAUUGUGUUGAAUUCUGUUAUUAGUUAUAAUGGAAAGGUGGAUCUCACAUUAAAGUGUCUUUUUCAUAUUUCACACACAAAAUAUAUUUUUCAUUCAAAUUAACAUUUAGCGUUCAUUUCACUUUAAUCAAUUACACUGUGUGCAUAAUUAAUAUGCAAUUUUCCAAGCACGCUUGACCAAUUCCAAACAACAUAUAUAUAAAAUAAGUGGUAGAUUUAAGCACUUAGAAAUUAUAUAAAUGUUAUUGGUAAUGAUGGCUGGAAGUGAAACACACGUUAUGCGUGCAUAAUUAUUAUGCUGAUUGGUCAUCUUGUACAUCUAGAAACUCCAGGUAGGUUGCAGUUUUGGAAAACUGUGGCACUGGAGACUACAGGAUUUUACAACUAAUUCUUUAUCUUAUUUUAAUAUUUAGCAGAUAAUAUCUUUCCUUUUCAUCCUGUUUUUGGGACCCUGCAUGUAGCCCCAAUCAGCCUUCCUUGUCUGAUGGUCACACCUCAAUUUUGCAAUUACUAUACCAUUGCGUCUUUCUCAUGGACAUUUGAUAAUGAAUUUUCAGUGCAAGUUAAACCUUAACUAAUAAUUAUACGCACCUGAAUAUAAGGUGUUUCAAAUUCACACUUCCAGCCACUUGUUAACAACAAUAUAUCGCUUACAAAUGAUUAUAUACAAAAUGAAUGGUGAUUAUUAAGAUUGAUGCGGUUUGUAUUGCUUAAACGUGUUUGGAAAAAAAUCUUACUUAUUAACUUAACAUAAUAAGUAGGUGUACAUUUACCUUGUGAUACUUGACAUAGUUAUUUGUGCAUUACUGUAGUAUUGAAUUAAGAAUCGGAGUGUGCAUUUAAAUGUGCUUGAUUCUCAUGAAAAGUAACGAUUAGAAAAAAAAAAUGUUUUUUGUGUGUAUGUGAAAUAUGACUCGGACAUUAUUUUUUAUUUUACAAAAUGUAUCCAAAUACUUGUGCUGAAUGUAUUUUGGGCAAGAUGCUUUAAUCAUUAAGAAAAUUAAAUUUUUCUCAAUUCUUCUCUGUAAUUAAGUGAUAACUAGGGGUAUUGAAAGAUACAAAGACGUUAAACAGAAUCAGUUUUGCUCUUGGAUGUAGUUCCAAGUUACAUAUUUCAUAAAUGAAUGAUAAUGAAUGACUGAUUACAUUUUGGCUGAAAAGUUAAAGUUAAACAGUUUGAGGUUUUGGUGCAUUUCAACCACAUCUUUCUUUCAAUAAUUUAGAAGUCAGGUGCAAAGUUAGGCAUAAAAACCUAAAUAUGUCUUCUCCAAAAAGGAAUAAAGAAUGCAUGUUGGUUGUUUUCAAUGCUGUAAUUAGGCAAAAAAAUCCUAAUGUGUGAUCCUCAUUCUGUUUUCGGCUAUGUUUAUCAUGUUCAUCGCAAUGGCCAGGAUAAACAUUGCUAACAUUUUUUUUUUGAAUUUAUUGCUGUGUUUCAGUUUGAAUUUUUUCCACUGGAGUCAUUUAUUGUUACAGUAAUUAUUAAUAGUAUUAUUAUUUUAACUAGGAUUAUAGUAAGUGUUUCUGUAAAUUACAAAGGCAAAGAUUUAGUCUUUCUUUCAUCUUGGCUUGUAACAAUAAGCUACUGCGAGUAUGUAUGUAUGUAUUUGUUGAAACUGGAAUUUCAGAUUUCAGGAAUACGACCUAUAUUAAUGUUUAAUCUCUGGUAAUAGUUUAGGGCGUAAUUUCAACCAGUUGCUUCUAAACAAGGCACAGCUUUUAGUUUUAGAAAAAAAAUAGAGAUGACAAAGUAAUAUUAAAUCUAAUCUAUCAUUGUAGGAUAUAAUCCAUCAUUGUAGGUAGAUUGUAAGAUUGGGGUCUAAAUCCAGAGUAUCAGUUUACUGUACUGGUAAUUCUAGUUUAUUCUAACAGGUUAAGAACUAGUGAUUAAGAUAUGUCCUGGUCAGGAAUGUAAGGAAUAAAGGCCAUUGUACUUUUUCAGAAUGCUGUUUUUUUUAGUGAAAUAAAAGGCUUGUGUAUCCAUG